GCACCAUGCACUGUUCAUCACACUAGUAGGUCUAUACGUCUAUGAAGAGUCGAAGGCCCUGGUGCGGGAGAGACGGGCGACACGGGCAACAAGACGGUGGGCAUACCUGUCCCGGCUGACUGUGUAGAAGGACAUGGAAGGAUACGCCUGCAGCUGGCCAUGACUCACUGACUCACUAUCCAGGCCAUCUCGCCCGGCACUGCCGAAUCUCGAAAACUUAAAGGCGCGACACCACCACCAUCUGUCAGUUACUGAGCAGCUACAGCAGGUUCAAGAUGAAUGCAACUUCCCUCAUCCACGCAGAUGAUCAUAUCGAAUCAGCCUGUGAUGUUGCCCCUCCCAUCCACAUGUCAACAACCUACGCCUACACGUCCGACAACAAAGUCCAAUCAGCCAUCUACUCACGCCUGAGCGUGCCUACCAUUGAACGCUGCGAGGCAGUGUUGCAUACGUUACUACAAGGUUCAGUCACAGUGACGUAUGCGAGUGGUUUAUCAGCCAUCAUGGCACUUUUGUGUCAUUUGCAUCCUGCACAAAUCUUCCUUGAGCGCGCUGAACAUGGUGGGUAUCAUGGCACACUGGGCGUUGCUGGGAUUAUUUCUCGCUUGAAUGGAAUGAAGGUGCAUCACCUCGAUACACUCGACACAGUGACACCUGGCAAGGGAGAUGUGAUUUGGUUGGAGACGCCGCUGAAUCCAACGGGUGAAGUGACUGAUAUCGCACACUAUGUUGAGAUUGCCAAGAAACACGGUGCUGUGGUUUGUGUUGAUUCAACGUUUGCACCACCGCCCUUGCAGAAUCCAUUUGAGCAAGGUGCCGAUUGGGUGAUGCACUCUGCAACCAAGUAUUUCGGUGGCCAUUCGGAUUUAUUGGCUGGUGUGAUUGCUGCUCGUCCAGGGUUGGGUGAUGCAGAGAGCCUCAAGGAGCACUUGAUUGAUGAUCGUGAAAAUUUGGGGACAGCCAUGUCUGGUCAGACGGCGUGGUUGUUGUUGAGAUCGCUACGGACAUUCAAGAUGCGAAUUGAGCGACAAGUUGCGAAUGGAGCGAUUGUGGCUGCACGCAUGGCAGAGUUGGUGAAGGAAGGCAAGUUGCAGAAGGUAGUGCAUGGCUCGUUGCAGGAGGCCGAGGGUGCUGCGUUUGUGAAGAAGCAGAUGCCAGGUGGGUAUUCGCCUACCUUUGCUAUUUACUUGAAGAACGAGAAGCAGGCAUCGACUUUCCCCAACAAGCUGAAGCUGUUUCACCAUGCGACGAGUCUGGGUGGUGUUGAGUCUCUUGCUGAGUGGCGGACGAUGAGUGACUCGCAGUGUGACAGGACGCUGGUGAGGCUGUCGAUUGGUGUGGAGGAUGCUGGUGACUUGGUUGCUGAUAUUGAGCAGGCCCUGGUGCAGGUGUCUUCUCUGUAGUGCAUGUUGUAGACUAUUUGGCGUGCAAUCUGAAUUUGUGUCCAUGAAGUUGGCAUGAAUUUUGUGCACUGUCCCCGUGUCUCCCUCAUC